AUGGUGAUUAGAAAGUCAGAAGAGAAGCUAAAGUCGUACCAUCAAGAUUUUGAGGAUCUCAUUCAUCACUUCAACAAUGUAACUUUUACUCAUGUACCGAGGUUCAAUAAUCAAUUUGUGGAUGCCUUGGCAAUGCUUGCAUCCAUGGUUGAGAUUCCUAUUGGUGUGAAGCUAAGGCGAAUUAUGAUCGAACAAAGGGAUACACCGAUAUACCAGCAUGUCAUGGUUGUUGAUGAGCCUGAUGAUGGUCACCCUUGGUAUUAUGACAUUUGGAGAUUUGUGGAAAGAGGAGAAUACCCCAUUGAAGCAAACAAGAAAGACAAAAUCGCUAUCCAGAGGAUGUCAGCUCAGUACAUCAUUUGUGGAGAAAAUCUAUAUCGAAAGUCGCACUGCGGCAUGUACAAGUUAUGCAUCCAUAGUGCAGAGACAAGAAGGAUAAUGGAAGAAAUUCACGAAGGUGUGUGUGGCCCUCACAUGAACGGCAUCAUGCUCGCCAAGAGGAUCCUCAGGCAGGGAUAUUUCUGA